AUGUCUCGCCCGACAAUUAUGAAGAAGGCGAGCAAAACCCGUUCCUCCAGAGCUGGUCUGCACUUCCCCGUGGGAAGAAUCCAUAAGAUCUUGAGAAAAGGGAAUUUCGCGCCUCGAAUCGGCGGAGGAGCCCCGAUAUAUCUCGCAGCGGUCUUGGAGUACCUCGCAGCGGAAAUAUUAGAGUUAGCAGCCGAUGCCGCAAAAGAUAAUAAUAAGACCAGAGUAAUUCCAAGGCAUAUUUUAUUGGCGAUAAGAAAUGACGAUGAAUUGAGUAAGAUGUUGACGGGCGUGAUAGUGUCACAAGGAGGAGUGUUGCCAUCUAUCCAACCUCAAUUACUACCAAAGAAGACCCUGAAGGCUGCGACUGCGAGUUGA